AUGCUGCUGGACGGGGAAAGCGAGCUGCCCCCCGACGCGGCGGAGCUGCUCAAGAUGGGCGUGGGCAUCAACGCGUGCUCUCUCUCUCAGCUCCGGAAGAUUGCUGAGGAGGCUCCGGGGUCUUCGGUCGGGGUGCGGUUUAACCCGGGGCUGGGGUCGGGGGGAACCAAGAGCACCAAUGUGGGCGGCCCCUCCUCGUCUUUCGGGAUCUGGUACGAGUGGGCGGACGAGGUGAGGGACAUCUGCGCCGGCGGUGACCUUACCGUAUCCCGCAUCCACACGCACAUCGGAUCGGGAUCUGACCCGGCCGUGAAACAGAAGGUUUGUACGGGCUUUCUCCACAGCAGCGGUGGAGGCGUGCGUUGUAGUCCAACUGUUGAAGCUGUGUCGUCGUCGUGGUCGUUGUGGUGGUGGUGUUGGCUGUGA